AGUCACGUGCUAGAAAGUCGUCUGCUUCAGCAGCUCACACAAACUGGAACAUUCAGGACAAGAUCAUAAACGUAGUGACGAUUAAGGAAGCUGUUCAGAGGUCUACACUGUGUGAACGGGACGGAAGAGUUUAAGACAGGAUCAGCAAUAUCUUCGAACGCUUCGCUGAAUUUAUCUAGCAGGAGUGAUAAAAAGGCUACAGCACAGGCAUCGAUAAGGACCGAUGUCACGGCUUCUUGGCUACAGGGAUGUGUACCGAGCCUCACGAAAGUGCCUAGACUAGAUCGACUGCUUUGUGCUUUUUGUGACCCUUCCUAGGAGCUUUAUAACACACCCGAACUGAAUAUAAUUCAGCUUUACGAAUGUUUAGGUAGUAGAUUUGGGACCUAGAGUGUUUAAUCAGAUAUCGAGGAGGAGUACUGACGCUGCUCAGUGAGGAAGUGGGAUGUGGCCAGGCUGUAUUUUGUGUUGCCGUUUAAGAUGUGAGAGUCACUCAAGUAGUAGAGAGGUUGUGGGACCUUGUUGCAUAGUAUUACUAAGGCAUAGACUCGGUAUCUGAUGGCUGCGCGUCAGUGAUUACCAAAAUGAAGACUCCUUCGGGCCAUCUACGAAAUCACGUUGCUGGAAUCACGGCGGCUGUUUAGCAAUACCCCAAAGGUGUUUUUUUAGUCUUCUAACUAAGGAGCGUUUACUUUAGAGUCGUCUGUCAAGAUGUCAGCUCACCACCAGGUAAUGGACUCAUCAGUGGCCAUGGGAAGAUUAGAAAUCAAACAUCAGAUGGCCGGCGUGGAAACCCGUCUUUCCGGACCGGGGAGGGAGAAGACGGUGAUUCAGGACGGACCCCGCCUGAAUGGAUGUGUGCCACUCUCGCAUCAAGUGGCCGGUCAUAAGUAUGGAGUAGAUAAAGUAGGUAUCUUGCAACAUCCAGAUGGAACUGUUUUAAAGCAGCUACAGCCUCCUCCUCGUGGCCUGAGAGAGUUGCAGUUUUACAACAAGGUGUAUGCUGAAGAAUGCCGUGACCCUUUCUUCUCAGAGCUUCAGUACUAUCUUCCUAAAUAUUAUGGCACCUGGACACCGCCUGAUGCACCCAAUGAUCUGUACCUUAAGCUGGAAGACGUGACCCGCAGAUUCAACAAGCCCUGUAUUAUGGAUGUAAAGAUAGGCCAGAGGAGUUACGACCCGUUUGCAUCCAAGGAGAAAAAGGACCAGCAGAUCAAGAAGUACCCGCUGAUGGAAGAGAUUGGCUUCCUCGUUUUGGGCAUGAGAGUAUAUCAAGUGAGCACUGACAGUUACGAGACCCAUGACCAGCACUAUGGAAGGGGUUUAGUAAAAGACACUAUAAAGGAUGGUUUAGCCAAAUUCUUCUUCAAUGGGAACAACAUCCGAAAAGAUGCCAUAGUUGUCAGCAUUCAGAAAGUUCAGAAGAUACUGCAGUGGUUUGAGGGACAGAGCCAAUUAAAUUUUUAUGCAAGCUCUUUGCUGUUUGUGUAUGAGGGCUUGCCUCAGCCAACAGCUCCGGAGCUGCUCGAUGGAAGUCUGGCGGAGAAGACGGCUCUUCCCAAAGGAUGUCCGCCAGAUGGAGAAGUCCUGGAGUGCAACAAUAAUGUCCGUGUAAUCGACUCCACAGAGAAUGGGAGGAUGACAGCUUCCCUUGGCCAGAGCCUGUCAAACAUGUACGCGCUCCACAAGAAGGGCUGUUCCAAGGGCCAUCACAGCGGCGUUCCCUCGGAAACCAGCAAUGCCCCGCAGGACAAUGGCGUGUGGAAGCGCACGCCUCGCCUCUCGCUGGAGCAGCCUAACCGUAAUGAUAUCAAACUCGAUAAGGAAAGGCAGCUGAAUCCAGCCGAGGUGCAGAAAAGGAACGAAGUGGAAGUGAGAAUGAUAGACUUUGCUCACGUCUUUCCCAGUAACACCAGAGACGAGGGGUACAUCUUCGGGCUCAGAAACCUACUGUGUGUGCUGCAGCAAAUCCUAAGUGAUUAAAACUCAGCCGCCAUAGUAAAGGGAUAAAGAGGCGGCCAUCAUGCAAAGAAAUCUGCACUAGCAGUGAUGCAUAACCUUUCGGUAAAUCUCUGUGUAUUACAUGUGCUUGUUUUGUACUUCUGGUAACAAUAGUUUAAUUUUAUAAGUAUCGUACUCAGGUAAAUGACUACAUAUUGACAUGAAUUUUGAUUACGAAAAGCUUAGACCAGUGUGGAGAGUCCUUGCAGACAAGUCUGGAAGUUUGUCCAGAUGCUUGUUUUGUGUCAGAGGACUUGGCAGUUCCUGAUCAUGACCUGCACGAUGAAUUCGAGCUUUACUGAAAUCUGCUGUAAUUCAUUUGUGUGCUUUCUGCUUUCGAAAUAAUCCCAAAACACUGAAGAAACUACUGAUUUUUUUUUGUAAUUUAUUCAUAGCCGUUUUUAUUUAUACUUUCAUUAAAAGCUACCAAAAAUCAAGUAAGGUAAAUAUAUGUAGGGUUAUAUUCUUCUAUCAUUUUUGUUUGUUGCCAAAAUAACUGUCUUUUCUUCUGCCAAGCUUUAGAAGGAGGGUGGUGACAAAUAGAAGCGCUUUCUGGGCUGGAGAUUCUUUUUAAUGUAUAUGAAUGGGUUUCAUUCUUUUAGGAUAUUUAUAUUAACAUUGUUUUACUGUAACUAAAUGAAAUAUGCUGCUGUGAUAUUUAAGGAAUAUUAUCAGGACUGAGACUUGACUUUGAAGCUGGAUUGUGGUAUAGGAAUGAUUUCUUAGACUAGGUAUUGUUGCCUAAAUGCAAAAAGUUUUUUUUUUAAAACAAUCAGAUUUAAUUGAAGGGGGUUGGGGUGAUUAAGUAAGUAAAUAUUUGCUAAUGGUAAGAGAACCAAUGGACUUGAUCACAAAAAGGGGCUCAAUAAAGUAAUUAUUUUUGUCUCUUUCUGAGCCUCUCCAAAGCUGGUCAAGUGUCUGUUUUUCAUGUUGACUCAUACCUCGUAGUUGGCCGCAGAUAACAUGAAUGUGACAAAUUCUUACUGGAAUAAGUGAGGCUGAAUUUUAUUUUUCUUUCCAGCUUUUGUUCUGACAGCCAUAUGUCUUUCUGGCUGCAAAUGAACUCCCUCUGAGUCCCCAGCUACUAAAUCCUCUUCAAUGAGAUCUCUGUGGGGGCCUUCUACAAGUGUGACUGUAUUCUUGAAUUCUGGUGUGUUACCAAUAGCACAACAAUAUUUUAGGACAACUAGGUAUUGAUAAAAAAAGUAUAGGAGAUCAUGUGAAACAAUGCACUUAUCACAUCUCUUUGUCCUUGUUCUUCCUUAAAAUCUGUAGUGGAGUGAGAAAAAAAUAAUAAGCUGAUUUUAACAAAACUUUAAAUAUACUUACCUAUAGGUAAAUUUAAUUUAGCAUGUAUAUCAGUGAACUUAUUUUUGCUUUCAAAUAUAAUUAUGAAUUGCAUAAUUAACAGAAGCAUUGGCGUAAUAUUUCUACAGUUUCUUUUUGACUUUAUUCCAUCAUAAGAAUUACAGUCUUUUAUACAUAGUAUUGACCGAAUAAAAGAUUCAAAGGAAAAUAAUUGCUUUCUUAUAGAAUAAUAAUCAAGGUAACAGCACGGUAAGUAACGUUUAAUAUUAUAAUUGGAAUAAGAGUAAUGUACUCUUUAAAGUGUACUGAUCUGUUGUACAGUAGUUCCCAACAGCUCCUGUAUUUGACUUCUUUCUCAUUUCUUAUAUAUAUAUUACAGAAAUGUCGGAAUGUAGAACUGCUCUUAAUGUUCAGAUUUCAAGUUAGUUUUUUUUCCUGUCCUUGCUGUCUGAAUGCUUGGACCUAGUUUUUAAGGCAGCUGUGUUAACUAUCUGAAAGCGUCUGUGAACUGGACUCUCUGGGCCCCUAUAGUUAAAACACUCCGGCACUUGAAUCCAUGGUGCUUCCUUUAAGGGGAUUUAAGCAUCAGUGUUUUAAGUACUGUUAGCUAUGUAUAGGGGAGCUGGCUUGCUACAAAGCCAGAGAACUUGAAUAGACAUUCGUUAAAAUGUCCAUUAUUUUUAAAAGAAUAUAAAUAUACAGUGCAUUAACUGCUGUUCAACUUGACCAUGUUUUCCUAUAUUGUUCUGAAAACCUGCUUAUUGCUCAAUCAGUGUAUGAUUACUUUUGAAUUGUUAGUUUUGAAAAAUGAAAAUCCCAUACAUGAUUUGAAAUCUUGAUCUGCCCAUGUGAAAGAAGGCUUGAAUAGAAAAUACACGUUUCAAAAGUAAAGGGGCAGCCUUUGCUUUAAAAAAUGAAAUAUGUCCUAGUGUUAUUUUUAUUUUUCUGUAAUUUUUUAAGAAGUUUUUCUGAAGUUUCUUAAAAAGACUUUUUAAAGAAAAGUGCUGUGUUAGAGUAAAAAAAAAAAGUGCUUUUAAUCUUUGAUUUAAGCAAAGGUUUUGUCUUAAGACAGCCGUGAGAAAAUGUUAUUUGGCAAAUUUGCAGAUGAUGGGGUCCCUCUGAAAUGUUCUUAUUGCAGCUCUUUUCAAAAUCCUGGUGCAAAGACAAACCUAUUCUCAAUGUAAAAGUGCAUAUACAUUGUACAGUAUAUCAGCAGGGUGGUCUGUUAAUGCAGCUUUGUUUCUGACAUUUAUAUGCAGUCUUUCUCUAGAAUUGCUUUAAAUAUUGUAUUUUUUUUUGUUUUCAGUCAAUUUUUUUUUUCAUUGGUUAACUUAAUGUCCUAAGUUGUUCAGUUUUAUGAAGGUAACCAUUUGAAGCAACUAUUGACACUUGUGCUCUUUUGGUUCAUAAACCUCACUGAAACAAAUGCAUAUACAAUAGGAGUCUGUUUGCCCUUUAGAUGUGAAUAACCUAAGGAUUUUCCUUGAGUAUCUCAAUGGUAUUAGCUGUUACUGCCAUAUACCUGAUACAAAAUUUGAAAAUCCACCAAGUAGUGCACAGAGGCACUUUAGUACUAUUGGGAAUGGACUGGAUCUCUAAGUAAUUGAAUAGAGCAGGGCUCAAGAUUAGCAUCAGGUGGUCUGUACUUAUUAGGAUUUGGACCAAAAUAAUUGAAAAAUACAGCUUGUGCUCAUUUUAGAAUCAUGUUUAACCAAAAUAUUAAUAUAGACAACUCUGAGCCCUGGUAUCUCACGAGUUGUGUUUUCUGGAAUAUGCAGUUUAAGAUCAGCUGUGUUUAAAUGCUUUCCGUCUGAUUUAACCCUCUUUGUCCCAGUCAGUGUUUUUUCUUUUACCCAAAUUGUCUGUAUUCUGAUUGUGAAUACUUGAUGCCUCUUCUUUGGGCUCUUUUAAACAUGCAGGGGGGGAAGUAUUAUUGUGUAAUUGCUUUGAUUUCCUUUUAAUCCAAUUUAAAUGAUGUAAUUGCCUACUUUUGUAAAUGAAAUAUGAUAAAUAAUAUUUAGAUAAAACAAUGGCUGUAUAUUUAGCAGAUUUAAAUUACUAAUAAAAUUACUUCCAACAAAA